AAACCACAUACAAUUUCUUUCUCACUCUUAUCAAUAUCCCACCUACCGCAUUUCAUAUCCAAUUUCCCUCUUUCUUUCUUUCUUCUCAUAGUGCUUUCUGAUGUUGGAUUCGAAGGAUGAUCUUGAAGCUGUGGAAGGAGGUUUUAUGCUUACUUUCAGGCGUCCAAAUGGUGGACCAUAACACACACGACAUUGAUUCUGAAGCAGUGGAGAGAGAGAGAGAGAGAGAGAGAGAGAGAGAGAGUUGCAGGGAGCUUUUGUGUGAUUAGUUUGCUGAUUUCUUUCUUCGACCAUAGACUUGGAAUCGAAUUAUGAAAUCACUCGGAUUGCUGAGUUGAUUAGCAGUGGCGGCUUCACCAAAGUCGCUUUGCAGUUCAUUUCCCAGAUGAGCUCCUAAAUGAGUCAGUGAUAGUUAGGAGUGUUUUACUGGACAAGCUUUGGUGUCUACGAGAAUCUCAAUCUGAUAGCGACUGGAAUGGCAACGUAAAAGAUGUAUCUUUGUUUAUGAUGGCCAACACAGCGUAUGGUAGCUAUUGCGUGGAUGAGGUCCAAGCAUCACACAUCAAUGCUGAUUAUGUCGUGCACCACGGCCACGCGUGCUUCAGCCCGACUACAACUCUUCCAGCAUUCUUUGUUUUUGGAAAAGCUUCAACUGGUGUGUCAAAUUGUGUAAAAAAUUUAUCAGAUCAUGCUAUGAGAAACGGCAAACCUGUCUUGGUCCCCUUUGGGCUAGAAUAUGCACAUUUGGUACAACAUAUAAGAGAUGAAGUGGUAGAAGCAUGUAUGAAUAGCUUUAGAUUAGAAAUCCAAUUUGCUGAAACUAUGUCUUUGGACAUGAAUCCAUCAGAAUCUCGUAAGAUCUCCAAUGGGAGCUUGGAAGCAGCUAGUGUCUUCUCUGAUGAUAAAUGUAUCAGGACAGUAGUUAUUGGAGGCUUGGUUUGGGAAUUACAUGAGGAACACAAAAUGGAGGACUACUUGUUUUUUUGGAUUGGUUGUGGAAAUGCUGCAUUUGCAAGUGUUGUAUUGACAUUAAAUGGUUGUGAAAUAGAUAUGAUGCAAAGUCAAAUUGCACGGUGACAGACUUAUCUUAACAAAGAAGAAUUCUUAAGCAUAGAUGUUACCUAGUCAAGAGAAGGCAAAGGAUGUGAACAUUGUUGGUUUUCUGGUUGGAACUCCUGGUGUAGAUAAAAUUGAGUCUUUAGAUCCAAAAACAACUAUUCUUGUACUUGAAGAUAGAUAUGGACGUCAUGCAAUUGAUACAUUGGACCCUGACAUGGUAAGGCCUAAAUUCUUUUCUUUAAAUUUAUUUAAGUUCUUAUAUUAUGAAGCUAAUUUUUGCGUCUAUUUUGCUACUUGUAUGAGUUUUUUUAAGGAGAAACUUCCAGAUUUCCUUUGCAGAUAUUUCUUACUAUCCUAGUUUUCUAGAAUCCCAAACAUGUUGUUGAUAUCCUCAACAAUUCCUUCCUUCUAUCUUGCCAGUUUUGGUGUUUGUGUUGUUCAAAGUGUAAUCUCAAAUAUUUAUUCCAGUUAAGCUCAAAUAACCAAUUCUAAUGGCAUCUUAUGGAGUAUAUGUAGGCAACAUCAGGAUUUUUUUAUAUUAUAAUGAGCGGCCCAUCCUAUUAAGUGGCAUCUUUAACAAUGUACUUAUUUGCAUGCUUUUACUAGUUAGUUUAUGCAGACAAGUUUCACUUUGAACUAUAUGUCUCUCACAAUAACUUCAUGUAAGAUUCUCUAAUAAAAAUUUUCAAUCUUUCACA